UUUCUGCUCUUGAUGAUGGCUCUAAAUAUUGCAAAAGGACAAGUGGGAGACUGUGAUUACUUCUUUUGGAUUGUACCAAGAGCAGAGUACACUCCUGCGUGCAAUCCUGUCGGUAGAUCAAGUUACGUCGACUGCACAGCUCUAAUGUACGAGGCAGAGACGAAUGCAACAAGACCCUCUUUUGAAUUCUAUUGGUCUCCGAAUGCUGACAUGGUUCCAAGCACAUGGAUAAAUAUCACUGCCUCUCCCAGCAAAUACAGUGCAACUGAACGCUACUAUUCAUCAUCAAAUCUCCCCCGGAUUCCUCCUGAGCUGAGUGGUAUCAAUGGUUAUGAGAGACAGCUUACCAUUUCUAGUACAGGAACAUCAGAUUUCGGCUACUACUGGUGUAUAUUAGAGCAUCCACCAGGGAGCUCAAAUAUUGGAAUUUUUGAAUUCUCACAGUCACAAACCCUGCACUUAUACCAGCCAAAUGGAGUGACCACCCCAUGCCCAUCAAGUCGGUACGACUCCACCUACUGGGAAAUUCUAGCAGAACCAGAAUGCUGUGAAAUAAGCAUACCAACUCCCACACCCACUCCGACCACACUAGGAAUGACGAUUGAAGGGGGUAACAAUAAGAAGGAAGCUCAGUGUUGUACGAAUCCAGAAGUGAUUAUAAUCGCAUUAGCGAGUGUAUCAACUGUGAUUUUGAUUUGUAUACUGAGUGUCCCACUGCUGUGUUUCGUUAAGUGUGUUUUGAGGGCACUGGACAAGAGAGAUCUAAAAUUUGCCAGGCGAAUGGCUGACUGGAGAGCUUUGGGAGUAACGAACGAGCAUGAUCACCAUAAAUCUGGACUUAGUGGAUGUGAAAAGUGCAAGAGAGAAAGACAAUCCAGCUACAGCAAAUACUGUGAUUGUGACCACUUGAGAUAUCACGAGGAUCCCAGUUACACAAGAAAGGACUCCAAUAGCAGCAUAGUACAUUUCAGAAAACUCUCUCCUUUCACAUAACGUAUUGUUCACUGAAUUAGCAGAUGUCCUGGGAGUAUACAUUGAAUGCAUGUGUUCUGUAAAGUGUGAAGUAUUUAUACUCCUAUAUAGAGGAAUUACAGUGUACAAAACUAUGGUGAUGAUAUUC